AUGAAUGAGGUGAAAGAAUCUCUUCGAAACAUCGAACAGACAUACAAAAUCUUCCAGCAACAACAGUUCACGUUCAUUGCUGCUCUGGAGCACUGCCGAGAAAAUGCCCACGACAAGAUCCGGCCCAUCACCAGCAUAGGACAGGUGCAGAGCUACAUGGAACACUACUGCAACAACACCACAGACAGGCGGAUUCUGCUCAUGUUCCUGGAAAUAUGUACAGAGCUGAGCAAGCUCUGUCAGCGCUUUGAAGCCCUGCACUCUGGCACCCCAGUCACCAACAGCCUUCUAGAAAAAUGCAAAACCCUUGUUAGCCAAAGCAGCGACUUAAGCAGUCUCAGAGCCAAAUAUCCACAUGACGUGGUGAACCACCUCAGCUGUGACGAGGCCAGGAACCACUACGGAGGUGUGGUCAGUCUUAUCCCCAUUGUCUUAGACUUAAUGAAAGAAUGGAUCGCCCACUCAGAGAAGCUGCCCCGAAAAGUGCUGCAGCAAGUGAGUGAGCCCCAGACAAGCAAGGAAUGCACCGUGGAAGCCACCAGUCCUCACCAAGCCACAGGCACCCAGACCCUGUUAAAAACAAACACAUGUAGGGAACUUCCAAAAACCAACUUCAAAUCUAGUGCAAAAGACAAAGGAUGUUUAAAACCUCCCUGGAGACCACCUGGUGGGAAACUGUAA